CUUCCCCCCAAUUUUCCCUCUAUAUAUCCCUUCCUUCCAAAGCCUCUUCCCCACAUUCCAUCUCCCUCCAUGAAUAUAUUUAUAUCUCACCUCUCCAACACCCUCCCCCGACCACAAACUCGAUUCGACCCGAUCUUCGACGCUAGCCGCAUUAUUAUCACUACGCACGCGCAUACGCAUUCUUCUCGUGACAGUUUAUAAUUUGUUCAUUCCCCGGAACGUCGACCUGUGACAGCUAGCGCAUUUGGUUAUAGAUAUGGUCAUGGGGGCUGAUCACUGCCGCCAUUUUGAACCUGUCUCAAAAUGCACCAGCGAGGGCCGAUCGAACCAGACCGUGGCGGCGGACCUGGACGGCACGCUUCUGGUUUCGCGGAGCUCGUUCCCCUACUUCAUGCUCGUCGCGCUCGAGGCGGGCAGCCUGAUACGGGCGCUGUUCCUGCUGGCUUCUGUCCCCUUCGUGUACUUCACGUACCUGUUCUUGUCCGAGACGCUGGCCAUCCAGACCCUUAUAUUCAUCUCCUUCGCGGGGCUUAAACUGAGGGACAUUGAGAUCGUGUCUAGGUCUGUUCUGCCCAAGUUCUACGCCGAGGACGUCCACCCAGAGACGUGGAGGGUGUUCAAUUCCUUUGGCAAGAGGUACAUAGUAACGGCCAACCCGAGGAUCAUGGUGGAACCGUUUGUUAAGACAUUCUUAGGGGCUGACAAGGUGCUCGGAACCGAGCUGGAAGUUUCCAAGUCAGGGAGGGCCACCGGGUUCGUCAAGAACCCCGGCAUUCUCGCCGGAGAACGUAAAAGAGAAGCCAUCAUCAAGGAAUUUGGCAUGAGCAUUCCUGACGUGGGUCUAGGAGAUAGUGAGAGUGACCACGACAUCAUGUCCAUUUGCAAGGAAGGAUACGAGGUGCCAAGAACAAAGUGCGAGCCCUUGUCAAGGAACAAGCUCCUAAGCCCCGUUAUCUUCCACGACGGCCGCUUGGCUCAAAGGCCAACUCCUUUGGUGGCCCUCCUCACCUUCCUAUGGCUCCCUAUAGGAAUCAUCCUGUCCAUCCUAAGGGUUUACACCAACAUCCCCUUACCCGAACGCCUCGCCUACUACAACUACAAGCUCUUGGGCAUAAAGGUCAUCGUCAAGGGCACCCCGCCUUCGGCCCCGAAAAAGGGCCAGCCUGGGGUCCUCUUUGUCUGCAACCACCGGACGGUACUUGACCCAGUGGUAACUGCAGUUGCCUUGGGCCGGAAGAUAAGUUGCGUCACAUAUAGCAUCAGCAAGUUCACUGAGAUCAUCUCCCCGAUCAGGGCCGUUGCCCUGUCCAGGGAGCGGGAGAAGGACGCCGAGAACAUCAAGCGCCUCCUCGAGGAGGGCGACCUCGUGAUCUGCCCUGAGGGGACCACGUGCCGCGAGCCGUUCCUCCUGAGGUUCAGCGCUCUGUUCGCGGAGCUCACGGACCGGAUCGUUCCUGUGGCAAUCAACACGAGGCAGACAGUCUUCCAUGGCACCACCGUGCGGGGUCACAAGCUGCUCGACCCGUACUUCGUGUUCAUGAACCCAAUGCCGACAUACGAGAUCACGUUCCUGAACCAGCUCCCCACAGAGCUCACAUGCAGGAGCGGGGGGAAGUCCGCAAUCGAAGUAGCUAAUUAUAUCCAGAAGGUGUUGGGUGGGACUCUAGGCUUCGAAUGCACCAGCCUGACGAGGAAGGACAAGUACGCUGUGCUUGCCGGGACCGAUGGCCGGGUCCCCUCAAAGAAAGACAAGGCUUGAUCACCCAUCAAGUUAAUUAAGUGGGAGAUUAGUAAAAUGAAGUUGCGACAAAUCAAAUGUUCUUGGAUUAUAAAUUUUCAUGUGCUCGCUCUCCGAAGUUAUUCAUCAUCAGAACUAAUAAUGGAUAAAUUUGUUGUGGUAUUAUAAGGAAUUUGAUUACAAAAUAUCUCAGGCUUUGUUUGUUUUUUAAA